ACAGGUCGAAAUUAUUUUAAAGUCGUUUUGUUUGUAUUAUUUAUUUACAGAAAUAACUUUUUGGAUAGGAAAUAAGACAAUCUUAAUGGAAAUAAUAAGACCAAUUAUAUUAUUCGUCUUCUACCCAUUGAUUCUUUAUUGUAAAGCAUAACCAUGGAAUCUAUAGUUCUCGACAUACUUUACGAUAAAACAUGCUUUUUCUGCUUUAAAAUAUCUCCUGAUAUGAUGGAAAUUACAGAGGAGAUAGAAAUACGGGAACCAACCACAAUGAAAUCACUUAAAUUUUGUGAAAUGAUAAAAUACUUGUUUCCCGCCUUUGAUAUAAUAUGCACACAUACAUGCAGACCCUGUUCAGAUCUCCUCAUCAAGAUGUAUGUUGCAAUGUAUAAGAAUCAUUUUAUAAGAAAUCUUAUUGAUAAAAUGACUGAACAUUGUAAUAAUAUAAUUAACAAAACAUGCCUAGAAAAACAAGUGACAAUCAACUUAAAACUUUCUUUAAGUAAAAAUAAGAUAAGAAAGGUUAAUAAGGAUAAAAGUUAUAUCGAAGAUAUGUCAGAAAAGAAAGGCUAUCUGGAUGAUAUAGAUAUUACUAGAAAAGGCAGAACUUGCUACACUGCUCGUAAAAAUUACAAGCGACAAAGAAGAAAAUAUUACAACUGUGAACACUGUACAUAUAGAAGUCUUUGCAAAGGAACUUUGGAGGGCCACAUCAAUAAGUACCAUAUUAAAAACCGUCCUUUUGUGUGCCAAGUCUGUUAUAAAGGUUUCUAUACCAGGAGUAACUUAUUAGAACAUAAUCAGACGCAUAAUAGAGUUGCCGUUUGUGAAAUAUGUGGAGAUAUGUUCGCCAGAAAACAGUCUUUAAUCAACCAUUUGAAGUUACACUCAAACAACAGAGCAUAUAAAUGUAUGUUAUGUGAAAGGACUUUUAUAAACUCUGGUCGUAGAUUGGAGCACAUGAAAAGGAACCAUCUAGAAAAAAACGAAUGUUGCAUGUUCUGCGAAAAGAGAUUUGGUAUGAAGAAAGAGUUGAUAAGGCAUGUGAAGUCUGUACAUGCCUAGUUCCUUCAAAUUUGUUAAGACUUAAGCUCUAGCCAUUACAUAGCUGUGUCAAGCCAAAUUAAGAAAUUCCGUAACGAAAAUAAACCUAAUGUGCAUUGUCUAACGUCGUUUCAGUUCGGCAGACCAGUGUGUGUUGACUUUGGAACGGUUUUCAUAGUAAAAGG